CACGUGGGCGCAGACUGCGCAGGCGCAGCGCGGGACCCUACAGGCCCAGAUGGGCAUUUGAAGCGAAGCAAGAGAGGCAAGAGGUCGGGAGGGAACCUGGAUCGCCGGGCUCCUGGUCCUGACAGUCGCUGCCACCACUAGCCUUCGGAGACUGGUGGGGCCUGCGGCACUUCCACCUCUUUCCAGACUUACCACUUAAUAUAAUGUCAAGAAACUUGGAAGCAUCUACUUGUCAAAUGACAGAGCCAUUUAAUUUUGAAAAAAAUGAAGUCAAGCCUCCAUCACACGAUUCUUUAAGAACUACUGGAGGACAUCAAAAUCAUCCUAAUUUCAGGUUGAAAAAUCCAGAGAACGAAAAUGAAAACAAUUUUUUGCUUUGUGAGAAGACCAGACAGUAUUUAGCUAGUCAGGAAGACAAUUCGCUGUCUUCAAAUACUGGUGGCAUCAAUGGUGAAGUGGUUGGACCCAAAGAAAAUAGAAAGACAGGAAACUCAGUGUCACCAUUAAGUGUGGGAAAUGGUUCACCACCCAGAGAAGUAAAACCUAAGCCUACCAAUAAUGUAUCUUCUGCGAAGUCAAAAAAAUCACACCAGUUUGUUAAGAAUUCUUUGUCUAUAAAUAAUCCAGCACUUUUCAACACUUUACGACUUCCUUUUCGGUCAACAACUUGCCAUCGCUGUGGCCUGUUUGGGUCACUGAGGUGCUCUCAGUGCAAGCAGACUUACUACUGCUCCACGGCAUGUCAGCGGAGGGACUGGUCCACCCACAGCAUUGUGUGUAAACCUGUCCAGCAAAAUUUCUACAAACUUCAAGAUAAUAAACCACCUUUUGAAACGAAUGUGGAAGUGAAAAAUGAGAGUGACUGUCCAUCUGCAGUUACUAAAGAAAUAGCCAAUGGUGCUGAAAAAAUAAUGUUUUCUGAUUUGAAAAGUUUACAUCUCAAGAAAACCAUGGAAGUAAAGGGUACAGUUACUGAAUUCAAACACCCAGGUGACUUUUAUGUCCAGUUGUAUUCUUCAGAAGCUUUAAAACACAUGAACCAAUUGUCUGCAAGCUUAAAAGAAACAUACGCAAAUGUGGUGGAUGAAGAUUAUAUUCCUAUUAAGGGGGAAGUUUGCGUUGCCAAGUACGCUGUUGAUCAGACUUGGAAUAGAGUAAUAAUUCAAGACGUUGAUGUGCUAAAGCAGACAGCACAAGUCUUGUAUAUUGAUUAUGGAAAUGAAGAAAUAAUUCCAGUAAACAAAAUUCACCAACUACAUAGAAACAUUGAAUUGUUUCCUCCUUCUGCUAUAAAGUGCUCUGUGGCUGGUGUUAUCCCAGCAGAGGGUAUUUGGAGCAAUGAUUGUAUCAAAACUAUUAAAUCACUGUUGAUGGAGCAGUACUGCUCUAUAAAGAUUGUCGACAUCUUAGAAGAAGAAGGGGUUACCUACGCUGUAGAUGUUACACUGCAAAGUUCAGGAGAAUUCUUAGAUCAGGUGCUUGUAGAAAUGGGAUAUGCUUUGAAAGCCAAAGGACAAAAUUCUAAGAAGCAAUGUGCAGAUCAAAAAGGUCUUCCUGAAGAUGUUGGAAUGAUGACAGCUGAAAACAAAGUUGGUAUAGAUAAAAGUGACCUAAUCCCCAAAGUGCUAACUUUGAAUGUAGGUGAUGAAUUCUGUGGUGUGGUUGCCCACAUUCAGACACCAGGAGACUUCUUUUGCCAACAACUACAAAGUGGCCAUAAGCUUGCUGAACUUCAGACAUCCCUUAGUGAGUACUGUAGUCAAGUACAUCCACGGUCUAACUUUUUUCCAUCCAUUGGAGAUAUAUGUUGUGCUCAGUUCUCAGAGGAUGAUCAGUGGUACCGUGCCUCUGUUUUGGCCUAUGCUUCUGAAGAAUCUGUACUGGUUGGGUAUGUCGACUAUGGAAACUUUGAGAUCCUUAGUUUGACAAGACUUUGUCCCAUAAUUCCAAAGUUGUUGGAAUUACCAGUGCAAGCUCUAAAAUGUAUGCUGGCAGGAGUCAAGCCAUCAUUAGGAAUUUGGACUCCAGAGGCUAUUUGUCUUAUGAAAAAAAUUGUGCAGAAUAAAAUGGUCAUAGUGAAAGUGGUGGACAAGUUGGAAAAUAGUUCCCUGGUAGAACUUACAGAUAAAUCUGUGACGCCUGUCAUCAGUGUUGCCAAAGUUCUUAUAGAGGCCGGCUUCGCCAUAGGUGAAAAGGAGACAGUGACAGAUAAACCCAGUGUUCCUUUGUGUGCAGAGGGAAAAGCAAAUCCACUGGAGUGGACGUGGGUUGAACUUGCUGUUGACCAAACAGUAGAUGUUGUGGUUUGCAUGAUGUAUAAUCCUGGAGAAUUUUAUUGUCAUAUCCUUAAAGAAUAUGCCUUGGAGAAGCUGAAUGAUUUGAAUAAAUCAUUAGCAGAAUAUUGCCAACAGAAGUUUCAUAAUGGUUUUAAGGCAGAAAUAGGGCAACCUUGUUGUGCUUUUUUUGCAGGUGAUGGGAACUGGUAUCGUGCUUUAGUCAAGGAAAUCUUACCAAAUGGAAAUGUUAAAGUACAUUUCGUGGAUUAUGGAAAUGUUGAAGAAGUUACCACAGAUGAACUCCAAAUGAUACCAUCAAAAUUUUUAAAAUUUCCAUUUCAAGGGAUACAGUGCUGGUUAGUAGAUAUACAGCCUAGGAACAAAUAUUGGACUGAAGAAGCCACAGCAAGAUUUCAGAUGUGUAUUACGGGAAUAAAACUCCAAGCUAGAGUGGUUGAAAUCACAGAAAAGGGAGUGGGAGUUGAACUCACUGACCUUUCCACUUCAUAUCCCAGAAUAAUUAGUGAUGUUCUGAUUAGUGAAAAUCUGGUUUUAAAAGCUGGUUCACCAUCCAAGGAUUUACCAAGUAACAGACCUGUUAAUAAGCACAGUCAUGAAACUGACACCCAAGAGCUUCAAGCCUUGUCUUCAGCAGAGCAGUGGAAGACGAUAGAACUGCCAGUUAAUAAAACUGUGCAAGCAAGCAUAUUAGAAAUCAUAAAUCCUAAUUUGUUCUAUGCUAUCCCAAAUGACAUGCCAGAAAAUCAAGAAAAAUUGUCUAUAUUGACAGCUGAAUUGUUAGAAUAUUGCAGUGUUCAGAAAAGUCAACCAUCUUACAGACCACGAAUUGGAGAUGCAUGCUGUGCUAAAUACACAAGUGACGAUUUUUGGUAUCGUGCAGUUGUUCUGGAGACCUCAGGUUCUGAUGUGAAAGUGCUAUAUGCAGACUACGGAAACAUUGAAACCCUGCCUCUUUCCAGAGUGCAACCAAUUACUGCAAACCACCUGAAACUCCCUUUCCAAAUUAUCAAAUGUUCAUUUGAAGGACUGGUGGAAUUGAAUGGAAGUUGUUCUCAGUUAAUAAUAGAGCUACUAAAAAAUUUCAUGUUGAAUCAAAAUGUAAUGCUUUCUGUGAGAAAAAUUAUUAAGAACGUUCACACAGUAUCAGUUGGGAAGUGUUGUGAGCAUGGUACUGUCAGUGUAGCUGAUAAGCUGGUGAACUGUAAUCUGGCAAAGAGCAUCACAUCUAAAACUCAAAAUGCUGUACAUAAAGAAAAGAUGCAUAGGAUGAAUUGCUGCUGCACAGAGUUACAGGAACAAGUUAAAAAACAUGAACAGAUUCUGUUCUUCCUCUUGAACAGUCCAACCAAUGAAAACAAAUUUAUUGAAAUGAAAAAACUGCUAAAUAGUUAAAAACAAUGCCUUUUGGAAGUAAACACUGAUGAGGAAGGAAACAACAAAGGCUAGACUUAAGAGAAAAAGUACUACAUCUUGUUUAGUUUUUGUUUGAGUUUUUUUGAAUCUUCAUCUUUUUCUUUAAUGAUAUUUUUACACCUCCAUUUUUGGUCACUUCUUUUAGUUUGAUUGGGGCUCUUUCCUCCAUAAAUUCUUCCCACCAGAAAAAUAGAUUUGAUAUAAAAGAUUUAUAUCAAAUUCACAGGCAUACCUGCAAGGAGGAGAUAGAAGCUUUCCGCUGUAUGUAUAACUUGUCAUUUUUGCCCUGGAGGAAUGAAAAGUAUUACCUUAUACAUGCCAGGCAAGCACUCUACCACUGAGUUACACCUCUAGUCCUAUGUUUUGUUACUUGAAAUAUUGAAAAAAUAUGAUUCCAUGUUAAAUACUGGAUAAGUUGGUGGAUAUACAAGUUUUAUUAUUUUAGGUAUGUUUAUUUUCUAGUAGGAUAUUCCCUGCACUCCUUGUCAGCACCGUCCAUGAUACAAGUGCUCUUUGCUUUUUCCCCUAUUCACCACUGCUCUUUUCCUGUCAGUGCUGAGGUCAUCAGCUGCUUUUCUCUAUCCUUGAUUGGAUUAGGUUGUUUGUUUUGGUUUUGGGCUUUUGGGCUUUUGGGCCUAGAAUAUGUCCUUGAUCUGUCAACCACUUCCCUAGGAAAGGACUUUGUCUUUUUGCUUUUUCAUCUAUUCCUUUCCAAAUUGGUAGCCAGUUAGAUUUUUACUGUAGAAAGAAUUCACUGUUUUCUCCCUGGAUGUGAUGGUACACACCUGUAAUCUCAGCUUCUGGGGAGGCUGGGACUGAAGGGUCACAUGUUUGAGCCCAGCCUGGACAAUUUAGUGAGAUCUUGUCUCAAAUACAAAGAUUAAGGGGGCCAGAAAUGAAGGUGUGGCGUAGAGAUGUUUCUCAGUGGUAGAAUACCCUGGGUUCUAAAGCAUAAAUACAGUAGUAUACCUGUCUUAAAGCACAUAAUCUUAAAUUCUUGUAAACUCAUAUAUGCAAGAAUUACGGGCCAGCUGGGAAGUUUCCUGCCAGCCCCAAGUUUCUGUUUAGAAAAUUUUCCAUGAUUUAAAUCAGACUUGACGAUCUAAAAUGCUGCCACUAACUUGGAGCAGAUCUUAAAAGAUAGGCAUGUUUUUGUUGUUAUUGUUGUUUUGCUUUUACUGGUAAUAUGUAUCAGCUAUUCUGUAAAAUGGAAUUUUUCCAUAUGUAAAAGUUGUUUAAAAACUGUAAUGGUUUUCAUUUAGAUAAAAGAUUAUGCUGCUUUGCCCAAUAAAGUCCUUUCACUUCUCA